AUGUUAGUAUGCGAGCAUUGUGGCAAAGACUUUGUAUCAUGUGAUGGAAUACUGGUGUGUGAGAACGGUCAUGUACUGGAACAAAACUUAGAAGUUGUUGAAGGAGAAUUUUCUGGUCGAAAGGCAUCAAGUAGCUUAAAGUUAAGUGAAAAGAAGCAAGCAUGCACAAAUUUUACGCAUCUUCGCAUACUUUUCAAGGUAUACCAGCACUACAAGGCAAAAUACGACUUGGAGGAUGAUACCAUGAAAAUUUUUUUGCAAAAUAUCAAAUUUACCGGAGUGUUUAUAAAAGAGUCGGAGCGAUUAAUCUCCACCAAUUUACUGGUUCUCAUAUUAUAUCUUAGCUUGCGGAUUAAGAAUGGCUGUAAAAAACCAUACUUUGUUAAAGACUUCAUAAAUGACAUUUCCGACCUCGGCGCACUCAUAAACAAACAUAAGCUAGAGAAUGACUGCAGAGAAAAGAAUGUCUUGAUCUUUCUGGCCAAGGUAAACAUGGUAUUUCUUAUUAAUCAGUUGGGCAAUUUAGAUUUGGACUUCAAGAUGAAUAAGUACAUGUUGACUGCCCUUGACUGCGGAUUCGCUAUCUUUGUCGAAUAUUUCUUACGUAUCAUAAGCGAUAUUGGUGAUGUGUAUGAUUUUACAGAGGAUGAAAACUUUUACAGCUCAGAGCUAGACUUUAGCAAAUUCAAUUUGGAUAAAAAAAACAUGGUUGAGUCGCUGUUGCGAAUUAGGGCUUAUGGUGCAGGAAAUGGCAUGCCAUCAACCGAGAAGAAUGUUGCUGAUCAAGAAAAGUUUCCCCUGCUUCGAGAAAGCGAUUUCAAAGUGCAUGUAGAUAAUAAAAAAGACGGUGACAGGCGUGUGUUUUUCAUCAAUGCACUUAUGAAGAACCUUCAUAUUAUAAACACUUCACAAAUUGCUCGCGAAACACUGACUAGCUAUUUUCUUAAGUUUGUGUUCAUCUCGGACCUAUCGGACAGGUUAUUCUUCUAUGAACUGGAAGUUUGCUCGUUUCUAUACGCGUAUGUUAAGAGUAAAAGGAAAAGCGACUCGUUUUUGUCGGAUAUGCUCGACUUCCUACUUAAAUACUUGAAUUGUUCGGCACCAUUUUUCGCAAGGCAUGUGAGAAAGGUGUUUAAACUGUUUUCUUCAUCCUCGCGCUGAUAGUUUUACACGAAAAUAUGGCAAGAGUCAUACAUGCCAUGUGGAUGGGCCCAACGUGGUUACAACCUCUUAAAAAUGGUGAGGUGUAUUUGAUAAAUGACACAAAAUGUUUUCUGCUAAAUUAGACGUAAAUAAUAUUAUUUGUUCUCCUAGAUGUACUAUCAUUUCUUUUGAAGAACCAUGUUCAUACGAAUGACCUUCUAUACACAGUUUAAUUACCAAAUACAGAAGGAUAUGAGCCCAUUUAUAGAAUCGAAAGUACAACUUUAAUAUACGAUCACGUAUUGAAAUAUGCAACUUUUUGUACUAAAAACAGUUAUUAACGUG